CCCUCUCUCUCUCCCUAUUGGAAUCGAAUAACAUAAACCCUAGAGAGUAGAAACACAGAGCAGAGGGCUUAAGCAAAAUUGACAUGCUCUAUCAAAUAUCACCAUGAGACUCCUCAGAACGAUCUUGCUCAACCCCAAUUGUCACCUGCUCAACCCCAAUCGCAUAUUUUCAUCUCUCCUUUCUCACUCCUUCUCCGCGGAAACCAAUGAAUCCGACAAUCAGAGAAACCAACCGAGUAGUUGGAGCAAUUACGGCGAUGUCUUUGACACGUCACUCGACCCCCAAAGACACAGCGAUCAUAGCGACGAUGAAAAAGCAAGUGAGAAGAUGAAGAAGGUACAGGCACAGGCACAGGGACUGGGUGGAACGGGAAAUAUUAUUGGAACGAAGAGAAAGGGGAAGGUGAAAAGUCAAUGGGUUUGCUGCAAUUGUGGGCAUACUUCAGGGCAGUGGUGGGGCACGUGCCCCUCAUGUGAUAUCGUUGGCACAAUGAAAGAGUUUCACGAAGCCAAAUUAACCGAUGCUGAUAAUAAGCCCAGAACUGGAUUAGCAGUUUCCGAGGAUGCAAUGGGCUUGUGGCUCCCACAGCGAGCAGGUGAGUUGCGUCCCAUGAAAUUGGAAGAGGUCAACAGUGGAUUUGAUCACCUGCGCUGGAGAAUUCCUUUGUCUGGUCCUUUUGGAAAUGAAGUUUCUAUGGUGCUUGGUGGUGGUCUUGUACCAGGCUCUUUGACUUUAGUUGGUGGUGAUCCUGGUGUUGGGAAGAGUACUCUGUUGUUGCAGAUUGCGGCAACGAUAGGAGAAGGAUGCACUGACGGUGAAGCAUCUCCAGUUGUAUAUGUCUCUGGUGAAGAGAGCCUUCAGCAAAUUGGUCACAGAGCAGAACGCCUUGGGAUUAAAUCAAAUAUAAAUUUAUAUUCAAGUACUGACAUUGAGGACAUAUUGAAGAAAGCACAUUGUCUUUACCCUCGUGCUCUGGUUAUUGAUUCAAUACAAACUGUUUAUUUGAAAGGAAUAAUGGGAAGUGCUGGAGGGAUUAUGCAGGUGAAGGAGUGUACUUCAGCUUUGAUGCGAUUUGCAAAAACAACUAAUAUUCCAGUUCUUUUGAUUGGACAUGUGACAAAAUCUGGAGAGAUAGCUGGACCUCGUGUCUUGGAGCAUAUUGUUGAUGCUGUUUUGUAUAUGGAAGGCGAGAGGUACUCUACAUAUCGUAUGCUUCGCGCUGUGAAAAAUCGGUUUGGAUCCACUGAUGAGCAUUAUGAAGGCCCCAACGGUGUUCAAUUUGAAGGAAAAACGAAAAUGUUGAAAAUCAAACGGGGCACUACGUACAAUGAGCUGAAGGGGAUGAUUCACCAAAAAUUGGGGCCAUGGCGUUCAACGGAUGAUCGCCAGGGUAGAGUCUACAGUUGGUAAGGAUGCUAUAUUCUACAUUGGUAAUGAUAUAUGUGACGAUGAAGAUGUGGACUGUGUCAUAGAUGCAAUUGUGGACCGAAAAUUUCAAAACUUUAUUGAGAUAUAUGUUG